UUGGUAGGGUUUAUUGUUCUGGACGUAGGCGGAUUUGGGCGUUUUCAGUUGCGUGUUUAUAAGCAUCGCUACUGGUGGUGGAAGAGAGAUUCUGUUGAUAAUUGAAUUGGGAGUGUUUGUCUAGGAGGAGAAGAAAAUGGCGUCCCGGCCAGAGCUGCAAGCGCCGCCGGAGAUAUUCUACAACGAUGAUGAAGCUCGUAAAUACACCUCCUCUUCUCGCAUUAUCGAUAUUCAGGCGAAACUUUCUGAGAGAGCGCUGGAGCUUCUCGCUUUGCCGGAUGAUGGCGUGCCCAGAUUACUGCUUGAUAUUGGUUGUGGAUCAGGACUUAGUGGGGAGACAUUGACUGAUAAUGGGCACCAAUGGAUUGGUUUAGAUAUAUCCCAGUCAAUGCUAGAUAUUGCAUUGGAGCGUGAAGCUGAGGGCGACCUUAUACUUGGUGACAUGGGUCAGGGCUUAGGGCUUCGCCCUGGAGUUAUUGACGGUGCAAUCAGUAUCUCAGCUGUUCAGUGGUUGUGUAAUGCUGACAAAUCUUCUCAUGAGCCACGUAUUAGAUUGAAGGCAUUCUUUGGGUCACUAUACAGAUGUUUGGCACGGGGAGCAAGGGCAGUUUUACAAGUUUAUCCUGAAAAUUUGGCUCAACGAGAGCUGAUCCUAGGAUUUGCUAUGCGCGCUGGUUUUUCUGGUGGUGUAGUUGUUGAUUAUCCACAUAGUACGAAGAAGAGGAAAGAGUACCUUGUGCUCACAUGUGGUCCACCAUCUCUUAGCAGUGCAACACCAAAGGGAAAAGGAGAAGAUGGAGAAAGUGGUUCUGACGAAGAUAGCAGUGAUGAUGAAGAGAAUCAGUCGGUUUCUGUAUCAGACAGGCACAGACCUAGGAAAAAGCAAAAACUAAACAAGAAGGUAAAGGGGAGAGAAUGGGUUCUCCGAAAGAAGGAACAAAUGCGCAGAAAGGGAAAUGCAGUUCCUCUAGAUACUAAAUACACUGCACGUAAAAGAAAAGCUCGGUUUUGAUAACCUAUCUGGUCUGCAAAGACUUCAGUCUCUAUGCACACCCAGAUAUACAAAAUCUAGGAAUGGUGACUGGUAAAGCACAAAAUCCUUGGAUCCUAGAGGCAAAUUAGUUGCUGUUAUGGAUAUCAAAUUUUGCCCUUGUCCUUUUCUGGUUUAUUAUCGUUAUUAUUAUUAUUAUUUUUUGGUCGAGAAAGAUGUUCCUACUAAGAGGUUCAAGUUUGCAUGUGGAUUCGUUGCUCUUUGUCUUCCCAGCACCGUUCCAGUUUUCAUUUUCUGUCAUGGUGAUUCUGUACUUAUGUAUCAAUACUGUAUGAAAGGAUAUAAGUUGGUGGAAUGGCCGUAGGUAAUAGUACUUGGUUUUGUGUUUGUUA